GAUUAGCCCCUGUAGCCUGCCUCACCCAGCCUGGCGCUGCCCUGACCUCCCCCAUGUGAUUGGUGGGGGACGCAGGGAGAGGAGCAGCGGGUCAGAUGAGGGUCAAGAGGUCAGCAGGAGCGGGGAGAGGACAGCCGCUAGAGAGUAAGAUAAGCUGGUAUGCCCUAGAGGUAGAGUGAGGCAAGCAGACCCUGCAGGUACCUCUUCCUCUAACGCUAAACUCAUGGACAAGACGAAGACCGAGAUUAUUAUGGAAGCAGAUGAGAUGGAGGACGGCAGCAUCUUUGUUUGUUUUAUGUGUGAGAAGGAGUUUAAUAAGGUGUCCCUUCUCAAUGAACACAUGCAGCAACACCAGAACAUGCCAGAAAUGCACAAAGAACUCCCAUCAAGAAGGAAAGGUCGUGGAAAGCCAGGGGGACGUACUAGUAGUGCGAGGGGACGGGGAAAUGUUCACGGCCAGCCAGCAGCACCCCUGGUGCAGGUUAAGGAGGAACCAAUUGAUCGCACCAUAUACAUCAAAUCGGAGCCUGCUGAUAUGUUCUGCCCGUCCCCUGUCAAGAAAGCUGAGCGCAUCAGGCAGUAUUUUCAGAGUCGUGGUCGGGUUCGGCCACAGACCAAGCGGCCCGUCAUGUCAGAUGAUGGGGAUGGGUUAGAUGACCCAGACCUGCAGCUGAUGGGAGAUGACCUGAUGAUGGUGCCACCACCCACCAAAAAGUCCUCCUUUGGGCCAUGUAUCAUGACCCCAGAGCCCGAGGGUUUUAUCUGUCCCUCAGCCACCACCAGCUCCUCAUCCUCUGCCACCUCCUCUUCCGUUGGCAGACCAAGGAAAAAUGUCAAAAUAAGAAAGAAGCUUAUUGUACAGGAGGUGGUAUACGAAGAAGUGCAGGAAGAUGAGGACAGUGGCACCAAUGGCUCCUGUGAGGUCAACAGUGGCCGGCGAAAAGAAAGCUUCAAAGAUGAGGAUGAUAUGGACGAUGAAGAUGAUAUGUUAGGAGAGACCAUUGAGCUUACAGAGGAGGAGGAGGAGGAGGAGGGGGAGGAUGUGAUGGAGUUUCCCCCCAUCAAGAAGGACAGCUCCAGCCAGAGGAAGCCAGGCAGACGGUCACAGCCAAGGGUUUUCUCAGAGGAACGGGGUAUUCCAUGCCAGGAGUGUGGCAAGGAGUUCAGAUCUGUUACAACUCUUCGCGUUCACAUGAAAGCACACUUAGAAGUCAGAGAGAUUCCUUGUCCUUACUGUGACGAAACGUUCCCUCAGCGCCAUGUCUUACAUCAGCAUCUUGUAAAUGCUCACGAGCAGUCAAUUAAUCUCACUUGUCCGGUGUGUCAAAAGGUGUUCACUAGAACGGACUCCUUGAAAUCUCACAUGGUGAGGAUGCAUGAGGAAGAUGGUGGACUUACAUGUUACAUUUGUGGCAAAAACUUUCCCAGUCAAGGACAGCUUGAAAUGCAUGUCAGGGUUCACACGGGUGAACGACCGUUUAAAUGUGAAUUUUGUAGUAAAGGAUUUGUGCAGAAAGUGCACCUCCGAACACACUUACGAACAAUGCACAACAUUCAAGAGAUCCAGAACACUCCAUGCCGUAUAUGCAAUGCAAUGCUAGAUGGCAGGGCGGGUCUCAGGGAACAUUAUAACAUGGUACACGGACUAACAAACAGUCAGUAUAAGUCAAGAGUGGCCAAGCUUAGAAAGGAGGGAAAAAUACCAGAAUUGCCACCACCUGUUGUGAAGGAAGUGGAUCCCUCCCUCAACUACCAUAAAGUCAAUGUGUCAGAGGUGGUGUCCCCGCCCACCACUCGCACCACUGUCACCCCAGGGAAGAGCUUCACCCGUCGAGGUGCGGCCAGGUUGAGGCAGGUGCGCAAGUCCAUAUCAGCCACAGCACGAGUAGUCAACAGUGAAACGAGUGCACCCUUUGAGGCCAUGACAGUCAAGGUGGAGCCUGAUGAUGUGCCCAAGCGUAGGGACCAAGAAGAGCUCAAUAUUGUGGAGUCGGCCUUCAAGGUUGCAGAACAAAUGGACCAGCUGGAAGGCAAUGUGCCAGGAAGCACCACUAUCCUAGUGGCAGGUGAAGACUCUGCCACCACUGGUGUCUAUUAUGCCAUCCCUGUGGUAAUGGAUGACAACACUAAUAGCAGCACUGCCAACUCCUCUAACCAGGAUUCUGCCAACAAUGACAUCACUAACACUAUCACCACUAAUGGGACUGCAAUAUCCUCACCCUCUGAGGGACCAUCCAGCCUCCAAGAGGUUAACUUAGGAGAUGAAGACUUAGACGACGAAUAUGCACAGUUUGCUGCUGAACACUCCCACCUUGGCAGUGAUGGAUUCAACUCUGACAGUUUGGGAGGAAAGGGAUCCAUUGUGAAAGCUGAGCCGUUAUCUCUCUUUACAGACCCAAGUGACCCCUCACAGACAGAGACAGUAGAGAUGUUUACUAUGUAGCUUCUCAACUCUGGAGGAUAUAUUUUAUACAUGCUUAUGAGAGGUACAUUAUGUAUUGUACAGGUGGUUUGUCUCAGGAGUCUUCAGUUGCUGUAUUUGUGCUGGACAUGGCUGUCUAAAAGUUCAGUCUUUUCAAUUAAAGUGUCAGAAAAUUUACUGUAAUUAUAAAUUGGAAUGGUACUUAGUUUUUGUUUUCAGGUUGGUGUUUUUAUGUUUAGCUUACCACCAAAGAAGUGUGCAAGUAUUUUUAUAAGAGGACUUAUAGUUUCAGUUGAUUAUGAAUUAUUAGUGUGAUAGCAUACAUUUGUAACUCACUUCCAGUUACAUUCUUUAGUUUCCAGAUACACAGUAAAACCUCAAAGAUCUAGACUCUAUGAGAAGUAUAGUUUGAUCUCUCAAUAUCCAACAUUUUUAGUCCUUAGAAUUGUCUGUGCACCUAAUCCUGAAUUUAUUGACCGAUCAGUCAUGAAAUUCAUCAGGCUUGCCAGGUUUCUUACUCUCCAUACAUGGCUUCUUGGAAUUUCUGGCUAUUCCCGAAGCCAAAGAUGCCACUGAAAGGGUCCAAGUAGAGAGCCAUUAGGGCCUUGUGACAACUGCAACAAAACAGGUAGUAGCCAUUCUAAAAAAAAGACUUCCAUAAAUACUUCUGCCAGUGAAAGGUCCAUGGAGCUAAAUGUUUUCAGUCGUGAUAGACUUACUUUGAUGAAGGUUAGAAGUAGAACCCAGAGGGCAAUCUCCUUUCACCCUUAGAUUCUAUACUUUUUUUGAAUGAGAGGCAAUAUAAACAGUUUUUGCAUGAAUGUAUAGAGUAUAUAGCAAUACAUAAUUAUGAAUCAGGAAAUAUAUUGAUAUGCUGAAGUGGAAGGCUUCAGGUGCUAUGGGAAUGGGAGGAGUAUUGGCAGAAGAAUUAACUGAUCAUCGUUUGCUCUGUUUUGUGCUUUGAAAAAGUAUUACUCCCCACAGUUCCCUCUUGUUUUCAUUGAAGGGCUGGAACUGUUCAUGUUCAAUAAUGAACUAGAGUGAUUGAUCAGUAUAAAAAGGUGCCAUGGAGAAAUUGAAGGAAGUGAGUGUGUUCUAGCUGUCAUCAUCAUUGUCCCUGUUCAAAGAGUGGCUAGCUGGCCAAUGGCAGCAAAAAUUAGAAAAGAAAAUACUGAGGUGCCAGUCCCAAAACAGAAUUAGAAGUGAUUAUCAAAAAUUGGAGGAUAAGUGUCUUGAAACCUCUCUCUUUAAAGAGUUCCCCUCUUGAAAGAGUUCAAGUCAUAGGAAAGAGGAAAUACAGAUGGAGGCAGGGAGCUCUACAGUUUACUAGAAAAAGGAAUGAAUGAUUGAGAAUACCAGUUAACUCUUGCAUUAGAGAGAUGUACAGAAUAGGGGUGAGAGAAAGUAAGUCUUGUGUAGUGAGGCUGCAGGAGGAACUGCCAGUUGAGUUACCAAACUGGAGAUUGCAUACCAGUCAGUGCUUCCUCUUAGGGGAUGUGUCAGCACUUUGUGUACUGUGAACAUCAAGGAAAUGCAAAAGCCAAGAGCCUGGAGGGGCAUGGAUGAGUCAGUGUAGGACAAGUGUGGGAGAGGGUAGUCAGUUUUACAACAGGUCUGUAGAUUGGAUUUCAGUAGGUUUGGAUCUUCUCAUAAUUCAGAUCUUUGAGGUUUCACCGUAGGUACAGAUACUGGUGUGUAGACAGUUGAAAGUUGCCUUUCUAAUGAACUUUACAUUAGAACAUUCCCCAACAGAAAACACAUUGAAAUAUAAUUCUAGAAAUGAACUGCUUGUAUUACAGUAUGAAGAUGCCCCAUGGAGACUUUUUAAUGAAUUUUUUUUAUGAUGUGUUGAUUACAUAUCAGUGUUUCAGUAUAGCAGAUAAUCUGAUAUGUAAAUCUUUGAAUCAAUAGAUAAUUACUAUAAUGUGCACUACGUGAAAUGUGCCACCACAGUAAGAUAUUUUGACAUAACUUUGUCUGACAUAUAUACAUAUAUAUAAUUCAAAUGAGAUGUUAAAAUUUAUAAUGGUGUGUAAUAUAAAUUUUCUGCUGAUAUCACUGGCAGUAGAUUUCAUCGUGAGGGAAGGAACCACCACACUCCACUAGUGUUUAAAUUCUUCAUUUAGGAAAUAUCAUAGAAGGGACAAAUAUUUUUCUAAUGCAGUUUUGUGUAUACUAGUAAAUGUGUGUAAUGUGCCAUCAUUUCAAGGUACUUCCAGAGAUAUACAUGCAGAAAUGAGCAGUAAAAUAUUUCCUUCACCCCAUUGGAAAUUCAUUAUUCUCAUCAAGGUAAAUACAUUCAUCCAUUAUCUAUGAAAGAUUUAGAUACUUUGCAGUGUAGGCUUUUACAUCAGAUAUGACUAAUGUUCUCAAAAUCAGUCUGAUGUGAUAUGUUUUCCCGAAUUUGUGUAAGCAGCUUCACCUGCAUGUCUACUGGCACACUUAUAGGUUCCCUGUACAUGAUUUCUCUUCUAACUUAUUCCAAAAUAUGUUAGUACUGAAAACAAGAACUGACGUCAUGAA